AUGUCCACUCCAAACCUGGCAUCUCCGGACCCUCGUCCUGAGGCCUCCUCGCCUGGCCUGCCCCCUGGUUGGAUUGCUAACUGGAGCCCCGAACACAAUUCAUGGUACUACAUCUUCACUGCUACCGGCGUGACGCAAUGGGAGUACCCGAAUGCUCCACCAGAUCAACCACAGUACUCGCCCACCCCCGACCACCAAAGCCAGCCUUCGUACGACACCCCGGCCGAUACACCAGUUCAGGAUGGAGAUCGCGGCCUGGGAAAAGUCGCGCUUGCCAUGGGCGGCGGCUACUUGCUUGGACACGGGCACAAGCAUGAACAGCACCAACAACAUGGGCUGGGAAAGAUGACGCAGUCAAUGGCAAUGGCUGGUGCGGGUGCAAUUGGAGCCAAAAUCUUCGGGUUAUUCGGGAACAAGCAGCAACAGCAGCAACAGCAGCAACAGCAGCAACAGCAGCACCAAGCAUCACCACCACCACAGCCGCAAGUACAUGUGUAUCCGGUAUACGUACCUGGCCCCCAAGCAGCCCCCUCACCUGGACCUCCGUCGUAUUACGGACAGCCUCCACCUGCAGGGCAGAACUUGGGUCAUUACGGUGGCACCCCGGGCACCCCGGGCACCCCGGGUAUGAUACCGCCUGCCCAACCUUAUCAUCACGGGGGAGUCCAGUCUCCAGUAACUGGUGGCAUGGGCGCCUUCACAACUCAAAAUGGACCACCGCUACACAUAUACGGCGCCGUGUUUGCAGACAGAGACGUCACGCAGAUAGUCAAAAGUCUCGUCACCCUUCAGCAGACACUGACGCUAUCUGGAGAGACUCUGGCCGAGAAACUUGGGGAUCCAUGGCCUGAAGCAGAACGGAAAAUGUUCAACGUCUUGUACUCGUACGGCGAUCGACCUAUGGAGCUUAUCGCAGCUGAGUUGGUCAUGCCCGUCGACUGA